UUAAGUACGCUCUCUCACACUCUAUUCCCAAUCAAUUUUUUUUCCUUCUUUUAAAAACCUUAGUCACCAAGAAAUUAAAAGAGCAUCAUCACCGUUGAAGCUAAACGUGUUGUGUGUGUGAAGAACAAAACAACAUCCUCUGCACACACACACAAACAUCAUUAUUUUUUUUCUUCCUCUUCGAACCACUAAAAAAAAUGUUUGAUCCACGAAGAAACCAACCCACAAUUUCGUUUCCAUUGUCCAAUGAAAUAGGACAAAUAACUCAUGGUUAUGACACAUGGGGUGCCACAAACACUGAUUUUAUGGCAUCAAAGAAACCACCAAAAAAUUACAAGAAUUGUCACAGCUACAACGACAUGGAAGUGCAAUUGGGAACAGGAUCAAAGGUGGAUGAUAAUGAAUCUGGUAUUUGUUCACCUCCUCUAUGGACUACAAAUCCACCAAAGAGUCCUCAUCACCGCAAAAACUAUUAUAGGUGCCUUUCUCCUGCUUCCAAGACUCAAGCCAUUGCAAGAGGCCAAAGGGAGCUCAUGGAAAUGGUUAAGAACAUGCCUGAGUCAAGCUAUGAGCUUUCUCUCAAAGAUCUUGUGGAACAUCCGAGAGUUGAAGUUGCACAAGAGAAAGGGGCAGAGGAGAGGAAAAAAUUGGGUAACAAAAAUGUGGGUAAUAGAAAAAAGGUUGAUAUGAAUAAGAAGGGUCAAGUGAAGAGAAGUGGGAACAUUGAUAGUGGAGGGUUUUAUCUCAAAAUGGUGUUUCCAAUUUCUUUGGGGUUUAAAAAGAAGACUAAAAAUGAGUCUUUGGUGAAUAGUGGUUCUAACAAGGUGUCUCCUAGAACUUCGGUUUCUGAUGGAUCAAAGAGCCUUGAUAAGGAGUGGUGGAAGAAGAGCCUUUCAGCUUCUGGUGGAGAGAGUGAUAGUGGUGUAUCGAGCAUUAAUAGUGGAAGCAAGAAGAGUUCUGGUAGCAGCAACAGUAGCAGUAGCAGCAGAAGUAAUAGCAGGGCCUAUAGGACAUUAUAAAAAUCCAAAUGGAGUGUGUGAGUAGUCAUUGGAAAGCUAAGAAAAAGAUAUUCAAUUUGGUCAAUUCUACCAUUUUGAGGGUCAAAUUAGGCUUGGAAGUCAGAACCUCUGCACUUGAAUAAUUGGGCUAUGAGUUUAGGCUUUGUUUUGUGUAAUUAGUUUAAUUAGAUAGAUUAGAUGGGCCUAAUCAAGGCCCAUCCCUUCAUUAUGAAUAGUCACUCUAUAGAUUAGUGGAAAUUAGCUAGUUAGUUAGUUUGUUUGUUUGUUACUUCAUUUUGAUCAAAAAUAGUUUUAGAAACUUGUUGUGCAAGCUUUAGAAUCAAACUCUUUUCUCUCAAUUGUUCUUCAUUUUUCUUUCUCUUUCCA